AGAUAGUUUCUGUUGAUUCUGACUGCUGACUAAUAAUGCUUUGUUUUACUGUGCGCGUGAAGGAUGAAUGGUUGGCGGUUCCCUGUAAAGAUCCUUCUUACAAUAUCCAGUGGCUGGGACGGGAAGCUCUGAGGCGCUACGUGAAAGCUAAGGCCGAUGGCGGUGACCUUCGGUGCACAGAAGGUGUCAAGUUCUUGGUGACACGCUGUCAAGGGCAGAGUCUGUUGGAUCCUAAUGAUGCCAUUAAGGAUGUCUUGCAAGAUAAGGACUUCAUCCAGAUCGUUAUCCAAGGGCAAGAAGCUGAACUUGAUCCAUUGAACAUCAAAUCUGCCUCUCCAAUGCUUGAAGAUUCUCAGCAGUACGUUUACUUGGAUGGAAAUAGCUUAUCGACACAACAACUUGUUCAACUUGGCAAGGGGAUCUACAAAAUCAAGCUUACCCUAGAUGUUGAAGGAAGGAUCAACAAAUCAAGGGACCUGGUAGAAAAAAUCAUCAGUGAAGAGCAAGUUGUGUAUGGAAUAAACACAGGCUUUGGGAGGUUUGCCAGGACGGUUAUUGCCCCAGAUAAACUUGUGGAGCUGCAGGAGAAUGUUAUAUACUCCACUGCUGUCGGAGUGGGCAAACCCUUGUCACCAGAGAGGUGCCGCAUGCUGUUGGCUCUCAAGAUCAACGUCCUUGCCAAGGGUUACAGUGGAAUCUCCUUGGAGACCCUCAAUCAGAUGAUCCAGGCGUUUAACGCUUCCUGCCUCUCCUACGUCCCAGAGAAGGGAACUGUUGGGGCCAGUGGGGAUCUUGCUCCCCUGGCUCACCUUGCCCUUGGACUGAUGGGCGAAGGGAAAGUGUGGUCACCAAAAACUGGCUGGGCAGAUGCUAAAUAUGUUUUGCAAGCUCAUGGGCUCCAACCGAUUUCACUGAAAGCUAAAGAGGGACUGUGCCUGAUCAACGGGACACAGAUGAUCACGUCACUGGGCGCAGAGGCAGUGGAGAGAGCGAUGGCCAUAGCCCGACAGGCUGACAUUAUAGCGGCCCUUACACUGGAGGUUCUCAAAGGCACCACCAGAGCCUUCGACAGUGGUAUCCACGAGCUGAGGCCUCAUCGGGGGCAGGUGGAAGUAGCUGCGCGAUUGCGUUCAGUCUUGGAUUCUGAUGUGCAUGCGUCUGAAAUCGCAGGAGGACACAGGUUCUGUGAUCGUGUACAGGAUGCCUACACACUCCGGUGUUGUCCGCAGGUACACGGAGUGGUCAAUGACACGAUUGCUUUUGUGAGGGGCAUUCUGGUGACUGAAAUGAACAGCGUUACCGAUAACCCUAUUGUAUUUGCAGAGAGAGGGCAGAUUAUCUCAGGUGGGAAUUUCCACGGUGAAUAUCCUGCUAAAGCUCUUGACUAUCUGGCGAUCGGUGUUCACGAGCUUGCUUCCAUCAGUGAGAGGAGAAUUGAAAGGCUCUGUAAUCCGUCCCUGAGUGAACUGCCUGCCUUCCUGGUAAAAGAGGGUGGACUUAACUGUGGCUUCAUGAUUGCACAUUGUACAGCAGCUGCAUUAGUCUCUGAGAACAAGGUCCUGUGCCACCCGUCGUCUGUUGACUCGCUGUCCACCAGCGCUGCCACCGAGGACCACGUCUCCAUGGGCGGAUGGGCUGCCAGGAAGGCACUGAGAGUCAUAGAGCACGUCGAACAAGUGCUCGCUAUUGAACUCCUCGCAGCCUGUCAGGGUCUUGAGUUUGUGCGCCCCCUGCACACAACAGAACCUUUGGAAAGAGUCUACCAGCUCGUUCGUUCGGUGGUGAAGCCCUUGGUUAAAGAUCGAUUUAUGGCUCCAGACAUUGAGAUUGUUCAGAAGCUGCUGACUGAAGAACAGGUUUGGAGAGCUGUACAACCAUAUGUGGAACGCUACAAGCUAGCACACACGUCAGAGUAGUCAUCGGUUGUGUGACUGCAGUCCGACAGUAAAUGGGUGUGUGUUAGAUCAGUGUGAUCAGAAAUAUAUAAAAAGUUGAAGGUGAAGUCUAAACCUUCCAACCCAACACUGGGGAAGAAAAGAAGAAAAAAAAACAAAGGCUAUUCACCUGUUUAUUACUUCUACACUUAGCAACACAUGGAAUGAUUCCUGAAUUCCAAACCUGGAUUCAGCUUUUUAAAUGCUUAAUCUUGGAAUAUAGGCAUUACUAACCCCCAGCUGCCCAUGAUUUAACACUGAAGAAGCCACUUCUCUUUAUAGCUAAAUGCCAUUCAUUGAGUGUCAUGGGGUCAUAGAGCAUGGAAACAGGCCCUUCGGACCAACCGGUCCGUACUGACCAAGAUGCCCACCUAAGCUACUCCCAUUUGCUCAUGUUUGGCCCAUACCCCUCUAAACCUUUCCUAUCCAUGUACCUAUCCAAGUACCUAUUAAAUGUUGUUAAUGUACCUGCCUCAACCACUUCCUCUGGCAGCUCUUUCCAUAUACGGACCACCCUCUGGGUGAAAAAGUUCCUAUUAAAUCUCUCCUCUCUCACCUUAAACCUAUGCCCUCUAGUUCUCGAUUCCCCAACCCUGGGGAAAAAAGCUGUACGAAUUCACCCUGUCUAUGCCCCCUCAUAAUUUUAUACACGCCUAUAAGAUCACCCCUUAUUCUCCUACGCUUCAAGGAAUAAAGUCCCAGCCUGCUCAACCUCUCUCCAUAACUCAGUCCCUCGAGUCCUGGCUACAUCCUUGUAAAUCUCCUCUGCGCCCUUUUCCAGCUUAAUGACAUCUUUUCUAUAACAAGGUGGCCAGAACUGAACACAAUAUUCCAAAUGCAGCCUCACCAACGUGUUGUACAACUGCAACAUUACAUCCCAAUUUCUAUACUCAGUGCCCUGACUGAUGAAGGCCAGUGUGCCAAACGCCUUCUUCACCACCUUGUCUACCUGUGAAACCACUUCCAGGAAACUAUGUAGUUGUAUUCCGAGGACCCUAUCGUUCACUGUGAAAGUCCUACCCUGAUUUAUCUUCUCAAGAUGCGAUACCUCGCACUUAUCCGAAUAAAACUCCAUUUGCCAUUCUUCAGCCCUCUUACCCAGCUGGUCAAGGUCCCACUGUAAUUCUUGAUAACCGUCUACAACACCACCUAUUUUAGUGUCGUCUGCAAACUUGUACAUUCUCAUCCAAAUCGUUGACAUAGAUGACAGACAACAAUGGGCCCAGCACCGGGCCCCGGGGAACACCACUAGUCACGGGCCUCCAGACUGAGAAACAACCUUCCACCAUCGCCCUCUGCCUCCUGCCAUCAAGCCAACUGUGUAUCCAAUUAGCCAGCUCUCCCUGGAUCCAAUGGGAUCCAAAUUUCCGGAGUAGCCUUCCAUGUGGAACCUUAUCAAAGGCCUUACCGAAGUCCGUAUAGACUACAUCCACCACCCUGCCCCUAUCAACCUUCUUGGUUACUUUUUCAAAACACUCAUAUCAGAUUCAUGAGACAUGAUCUCCCAUGUACAAAGCCAAUUUGAUUAUCCCUAAUCAACCCCUGUCUUUCCAAGUGCAUGUAUAUCUGAUCCCUCAGAAUCCCCUCUAGUAACUUACUUACCACAGAUGUUAGGCUUACUGGUCUAUAGUUCCCAGGUUUUGCUUUGUAGCCCUUCUUAAAGACAUAACAUUAGCCAACCUCCAGUCUACCGGCACCUAACCCGUGGCUAACAAUGAUGCAAAUAUCUCAGUCAAGGCUCCCGCAAUUCCUUCUCUAGCCUCCCUCAGUGUUCUUGGAUAAGCCUGAUUAGGCUCAGGAGAUUUGUCUACCUUCGUACCUUUUAAGACAUCCAGCACCUCCUCUACUGUAAUGCGGUCUAUCCCCAAGACAUCUCCAUCGGCUAUCUCAAGUUCCAAAGUCUUCAUCUCGUUCCCCACAGUAAAAACAGAGCAGAAAUAUACAUUAAGGACCUUGCCCAUCUCCUGUGGCCCUAUUCUCUCUCUAGUUACUCUUCUUCCCUUAAUAUACUUAUAAAAUCUUUUUGGAUUCUCAUUAAUCUUCCCUGCCAGAGCUAUCUCAUGCCCCCCUUUUGCCCUCCUGAUUUCCUUCUUUGGUAUACUCCUAUAUUCACGAUACUCCUCCAGGGAUUCACUUGAUCCCAGCUGCCUUCACCUGACCCAUGCCUUUUUUUCCCCUGGUCAGGGCCUCAAUAUCCCUCGUCAUCCAGGGUUCCCUACCCCUGCCAGCCUUGCCCUUCACUCUAACAGGAACAGGCAGACCUUGAACUCUCGGUAUCUCACUUUUAAAAGCCUCCCACUUGCCAGGUAUCCCUUUGCCUGCAAACAACCUGCUCCGAUCAACUUUUGCAACUUUAACUUGUGGCCCAGAUCUGUCCCUUUCCAUAACUAAUUUAAAACUAAUAGAACUAUGGUGACUGGUCCCAAAGUGCUCCCCCACUGACAAUUGUCCUGCCCUAUUUCCCAAGAGUAGGUCGAGCUUUGCUCUCUCCCUGGUAGAUCCUUCAAUAUGUUGCCUGAGGAAACUUUCCUGAACACACUUAACAAAUGCCACCCCUUCUAACCCCUUAGCACUAUGGCAAUCCCAGUCUACAUGAGGAAAGUUAAAAUCCCCUACUGUGACAACCCUAUUAUUCUUGCAACUUUCUGCAAUCUCCCUGCAUAUUUGUUCCUCUAAUUCCCGUUGACUAUUAGGGGGCCUGCAGUACAAUCCCAACAAGGUGAUCAUCCCCUUCUUAUUUCUCGGCUCCACCCAUAAAGCAUCACUGGAUGAUCCCUCGGUAACUUCAUCUCAGACUACUGCCGUGACGUUCUCCUUAAUCAGAAGCGCAGCUCCCCCUCCUCUCUCUCCUCAACCUCCACCUGAGACAGUGUGCAUUCACCCUAUGUAUGCCCCUCACACCUCUGUAAGGUCACCCCUCAGUCUCCUAUGCGCCAGGGAAAAAGCUCCUAACCUGCCCAAGCUCUCCCUAUAACUCAGUGAGUGCCUCCCGAUGCUUUCACCUUGCACUGUAUUAAAUGUCAUGUACUUCUGUUCUCCUUGUGUUUUACCUAGCCCUUCAUCAGACCCAGUGGGCUACUCACUUCUCCACCAGGUUAGGCAUUGUUUUUGAUUUUGAACAACAUUUAUCUCAUUUUUCAAUCCAGGUGAUUUGUACAGAGGGAGUUGUGGGACACAGGUGUCUGUUCCUGGACUGGUUUCUCUAACUGGUCCCAGUCCAACAGUACUCCCUGCUGCUCUCUCCCUUUCACCCAAUUCCUUCUGCAAUAUCCAAUUGAAUUGGUAUCCUGACAACUCUGUACUUUCAUGUGGAACUUUCUCCAAGGCCUUCUGGAAGUCCAGGUACAACAACAUUGGUGCUCCCAGCACUUCCUUGCAUUCUGGCUUCCUUGGAAUGCCUGCGUUGUCUGGAUGAACCAGUGAAGAUGCUUGUUCUCAGAAGCUGCUCUUAUGGAGUCAUAGAGCAUGGAAACAGGCCCUUCGGCCCAACUCAUCCAUGCUGUCCAAGACACACAUUUAAGCCAGUCCCAUUGGCCCGCAUUUGACCCAUGUCCCUCUAAACCUUUCUUUUCCGUGUACCUGUCCAAAUGUCUUCUAAAUGUCGUACCUGCCUCAACCACUACCUCAUCCACAGCUCAUUCCAUAUAUGUACCACCCUCUGUAUGAAGAAGUUGCCCUUCAGGUUCCUAUUAAAUCUUUCCUCUUUCACCUUAAACCUAUGCCCUCUAGUUUUUGACUCCCCACCCCUGGGAAAAGACUGUGUGUAUUCACCCUAUCUAUGUCCCUCGUGAUUUUAUACACCUCUAUAAGGCCACCCCUCACUCUCCUGUGCUCCCAGGAAAUGAAGUCCAAGCCUGCCCAACCUCUCCCUUGAAUCUGCUGUUGUUAUUUGAUUUUGGAUUCACAAGAUUUUGACACUUUUAUUCCCUAAGAGAUGAUAAGAGCACCGGUCUGUUUACUUGUGUAAAGAUGUGAGUGUAUGAGCUAAUCAUGAAUAAAAGACAAACCUAUGUACACUUCAGUCCGUGUUAUAGGAGGAAAAGUACUAUGCAAUCAUCAUGGCAAAACAAAUGGACCAGUUUUA